CCCUCACACACACACACACACACACACACACACACACAAACCUUACGUAGAAUAGAUCAUGAAGAAGACAUCGUUCCCUCGCCUCCUGCCCCAGGGGAACGUCCUCCCAUUCCUGCUACUGCUGGUGGGCGCGUUGAGCCAUGCAAAGGAUGUGGACGCCUCGGAAACCAAGAACUGCACCGAGGCCGACACAGUGCUGACGGAAGGGGACGUUCGUAUCACGGCCAACAUAUCGAAGGACGACGAAAAAACGCUGUUGUAUCAGGUCGUGUACAUGCAACCUGAGGAAGGCUUUGAGGGAAUAGGUGUUCAAGUUGUCACGGGCAAUGAGUUUGGGCAGGAGAAGGUGGCCGCAUGGUUCUCCAAGGACAGCCUUUUCGCCGCCGACAACACCGCAAGGUGGUGGGAGUUGUAUGUGCCUGUGCAACGCUUCAAAAACUAUAUAAAGUUCACUGUAGUUCUUGGUGACAGUAAGAAAGUGUGUGUCACUUGGGUCACCUCUGACAACCUACGGAGUCUGGAAGUAGUUGGUUACGGCCCCUCAAGAUGGAAGGCCGCCGCCCCACGACCUGGCUGUCUUUGCGUGGGGAAUAACCAAUCACUGCCCUCCCCAAAAUCUGAACCCAACUGCUCUGAGCCCCGACUCAUUCUCGGGGCUACAACAUCACCACCACCAACGAGUAUGUCAACAGCGGUGGAGCCGGCGUGGUCAGCGGACUUGGCUGCGGUGGUGGGUGCAGUGGCUGGGGUGUUGGCUGUGGUGGUGGUGGUGGUGGUGUGCUGGAGAAAACGGCGACGCUCAACGGAUGAAAAUGCCGCGCCGGCAGCCCCGAGUGACCAGCGGGAGACGACCAUCAAUGACAACAGCCGGUACCAGCCCUCCGAAGCCUGCAGGGAUGGGGCCUCCGCCGGGGUAUCCACGGAGAGGAUCCAAGUUAUUGAAAACAGCCUGUACGAGCCCUUCGAACCAUACAGGAACAAGGCCGCCGCCGGGAUACCCAAAGAGGGGAUCCAAGUUAUUGAAAACAGCCUGUACGAGCCAUUCGAACCAUACAGGAACAAGGCCGCCGCCGGGAUACCCAAAGAGGGGAUCCAUGUUAUUGAAAACAGCCUGUACGAGCCAUUCGAAGCCUGCAGGGACGGGGCCGCCGCCGGGAUACCCAAAGAGGGGAUCCAUGUUAUUGAAAACAGCCUGUACGAGCCAUUCGAAGCCUGCAGGGACGGGGCCGCCGCCGGGACACCCAAAGAGGGGAUCCAUGUUAUUGAAAACAGCCUGUACGAGCCCUUCGAAGCCUGCAGGGACGGGGCCGCCGCCGGGACACGGAGAUAAACAUCGCACGCUAUGGACGAAAGCCUCGACGAGCCCCUGAAAGCCUGCAGGUACGGGACGGCCGCUGGUGUUGUGUAUGUAGUUGUCCCUUGUGAGGAGCUGUCCCCGCUUCGUUUACAUGCAAAAGGCGGACCGUUAUAUACUAGGAUCCGUGCACGUAGCUGGUCGCCUGUAUAUGGAUGUCCCACCAGUGUUUGCAAGCACGGGAGGGCAUAUUGUUUAAUUCAUGAAUCCAAUACAUCGCUCUGUUUCGUAAUAGGUGAAGUGAAGCGCCAUGAAAAAGCCUUUAUGAGGUGAUUCAGGGGUAACUUUACGGGAAGCAGCAUCUUGCAAAUUUCAAAAUAAAAACUAUCUUGCUGUGCAAAUGAUUAUUGUUUGGGGCAGAUUACAUUCUUUUCUCUGGGUGGUUAGGGUCCAUCUCUUGCCCACAGGACAUUUCCGAACGAAACUGAACACCUCAUAUAUCAUCCACGGCUGUUACUCAGGCUGGCUGGCUCUUCUCAAGAUCCGAAAGUUUACUGCUUGCGAGACUUUUUUGACUUGAAAUAAACUCACCCUUUGUCAUGCCACAGUCCUUGUCUCCUCAGACUUCUCAUUUGGUUGCUUGCAAGGUUUGGUGGAUAUUGUCAAUUCUGCAAAAGAUUCUGUAAAGGGCCUCUUUCAUCCCUAAAUUUGUUCAGUCUUUCCCGUAAAUCUGCGGCCAUGUUAUCGGGGAACGCCUACGCACAACACUGUAUAUCAAUAAGUCUUUUUUGGAAACAUUAGGUUUUGAGCAUGCGCAGUUCAGGCGAGGACAGCUUCAAACAAGGGGGCAGAUACGUACACAACACCGAGGCACCGAGGUGAACAACGCCCGUUGUGAACGACAGCCUUUAGAACCCCCUUGAGGCCUGCAGGGACGGGGCCGCCGCCGGGGCACCGAGGUGAACAACGCCCGUUGUGGACGACAGCCGCCUCGACGAGACAAUUGAAGGUUGCAGCAGCGCGAAGAGGACACAUAAACUGAGUGUCUGGCUAAACAGGCGCUGCCGCCUCCGCCAGUCAGUGAAAGCCAUCUCUACAAACUAUCUCCGACUGUCACGAGAGUCGGCGGAGCUGCCAGUCAGAGAAAACUGUUUGCAGGAAUAUUUGACUGACCACACGACUAACAGCUUUCGCCUCUGCCAGUCAGUGAACACAGCCACUACAGCAGUAACUGUUUACUGCCUACACACACACACACACACACACACACACACACACUCUGCCAGUCAGUGAACACAGCCACUACAGCAGUAACUGUUUACUGCCCACACACACACACACACACACACACACACACACUGCCAGCCAGUGAACACAGCUUAUGCACAUUAUACAGAGACUGUAUUGACUGAUUAUAUAACACACGUGUACAAAUGAAUACAUUUACUAAAUCUUGAUUAACCUAACAUAAUAAUCUUGCGGACUUAUAUCAUGAGAGUUUACUUGUUCUUUUUAAGUUCAUGCAAUCCAAAGCUGUUUUCCAAUGAUUAUGUCACAGAUUACUAGGUUCCUAAGAUAGCAAGAACAGACACUAAACAGAUACUGGAAACACCUGCCCGUCAGAGGAGUGAUUGGGACAUCCGCGUUUGUUUCCGCUCACGCUUGUCAUCUUCUCCUGAUCUGUGUGUGUAACAACAAUGAUAGUAGUAGCAGUAGUAGUAGUAGUAGUAGGGAGCUUAGGGUCAAAGGAGCUGCCUCGUACAGGCCUACCGGCCUCUUGCAGACUCCUGCGUUCUUAUGUUCUUAUGUUCUUAUGUUCUUAUGUAGUAGUAGUAGUAGCAGUAGUAGUAGUAGCAGUAGUAGUAGUAGUACUAGUAGUAGUAGUAGAAGUAGUAGUAGUAGUAGUAGUUUUAUCAUUAUUAUCAUUAUUGUACUUUUUAUUCUUUAAUUUAAUA